GGAAAGGAGGGGUUCUGAACUUUAUUAUUAAAUACUUCCUCCAUGCCAGAAAAAUCAGGGUUCAGGGCUCGGUGCUGGGCAGAAUAGGUUGAAGCCACCGACGCGGCUAAAAAGGGUCGCGGGCGCGGAUCCGGGCUUCCGAGCGCCACGGGGUCCUAGCGGGAGCCGGGGGCGCGCGCGCUCGGAGCGUUCCUUCCCCCCACCCCCGCCCCAGGGUCUCCUUCCCUCGGGAUUCGGAGCCUCCCGUCCUCCAGGGCCGACUCGCCGCGGGGCUGAAGGGUGUCAGGACGCCGUGACCUAGCUUAGCGACAGGCCUCGCCCCGGCGACGGCGCCGCAACAAGAUGGCGGACGACAGAGACAGGGACGGCACAGAGAUAGCUGUAGCAGAAUUUCACAAAAAAAUCAAAGAAGCUUUUGAAGUGUUUGACCAUGAGUCAAAUAAUACAGUGGAUGUGAGAGAGGUCGGAACAAUUAUCCGGUCAUUGGGAUGCUGCCCUAGUGAAGGAGAGCUGCAUGAUCUGAUUGCAGAGGUGGAGGAAGAAGAACCCACUGGAUACAUUCGAUUUGAAAAAUUUCUACCAGUGAUGACUGAAGUCCUACUGGAAAGAAGAUAUAGACCAAUUCCAGAAGAUAUCCUUCUUCGAGCUUUUGAGGUAUUAGAUCCAGCUAAACGUGGAUUUCUUUCUAAGGACGAACUGAUAAAGUAUAUGACUGAAGAAGGUGAGCCUUUUUCUCAGGAGGAAAUGGAAGAAAUGUUGUCUGCUGCAAUUGAUCCAGAAUCGAAUUCAAUUCUUUAUAAGGACUACAUAACAAUGAUGGUGAUAGAUGAGAAUUAA